AUGGAGUCGGUGCGGCGCAUCGUGCAGCUGGAGGAGUCGGUGAUCAAUCGCAUCGCCGCGGGGGAGGUGGUGGUGCGCCCAGCCAACGCCCUCAAGGAGCUCAUUGAGAACUGCCUGGAUGCGGGCAGCCGGAGCGUGGCCAUCAUGGUCAAGGCCGGGGGCUUGAAGAUGCUCCGCAUCGAGGACGACGGCCACGGGAUCCGCAGCGAGGACCUGCCGAUUCUGUGCGAGCGCUUCACCACCUCGAAGCUCCAAAAGUACGAGGACCUGCAGGGCAUCGGCACCUUCGGCUUCCGCGGGGAGGCCUUGGCCUCCAUCAGCCACGUGGCGCAGAUCACGGUGACCACCAUGACGGAGAGCAGCCAGGUGGCGAGCAUGGCCCAGUACAGCGAGGGCCACCUGGUGGGGCCCGUGCGGCCCUGCGCCGGCACCAAGGGCACCACCAUCGUGGUGGAGAACAUGUUCUACAACAACCCCACACGCAAGCAGGCGCUGAAGGAGAGCCUGGAGCACUCGAAGGUGCUGGAGGUGGUGCAGCGCUACGCCAUCCACCACCCCAGCGUGGCCUUCAGCUGUCGCAAGGCCAGCGGCGCAGCGGAAUUGGCCACGGCGGGGUCCUCGCCCUCGGCGCGGGAGGUGAUCGGGACCAUUUGGGGGCAGGGCCUGGCCAAGGAGCUGUUCCCCUUCGAGGUGAAGUCGGAGGAGCCCAGGUUCUCUUGCCGGGGCUUUGCGUCUGGGCCAAACUACUCCUCGCGGUCCUCCACGCUGAUCCUCUUCAUCAACAACCGCCUGGUGGAGUGUGCCCCGCUGAAGCGGGCGGUGGAGGCGGUGUACCAGCCGGUGCUGCCCCGGCACCAGCAUCCCUGGGUGUAUCUGGCCCUGGAUGUGGACCCCCAGUGCAUCGACGUGAACGUGCACCCCACCAAGAUGGAGGUCCAGUUCUUGCACGAGGAGACCAUCUCCCUGCGCCUGCAGGAGGCCUUGGCCGGCCAGCUCCGCUCGCUGGGCACUUCCCGGAACUUCGCCGCCGCCCUGCCGUCGCUGAUCGACACCAAGGGCCGUGCGAGCUCCACCCCGGCCUUUGCCACGCCACCGGCCUCGGUGCCCGCCGCGCCCUCGGCGCAGUUGGUGCCCGCUGCGCCUCCCGCUACACCGGCUGCGCCGACGGCUGCGCCGACGGCGACGGCGUCGGCACCGCCGCCCAAGAGGGUGCGCACGGACCACCGGCAGCUGUCGCUGCAAUCGAUGCUGUCGCAGGCGCCUUCACAGCCUUUGGCAUCUCAGGUGCCCGCAUUCGGGGCAACGCAGUCACCGCCAACACAGGCAGCUCCGGCUUCGGCUUCUCAGGUUGUGCAGAUGUCGGAGACGGAGAGGGAGGCACGCAUGGCCGCGUAUCAGGAAGCUCAGGAGCUCACUUCGGUGGAAGAGCUGCGGAAAGCUGUGGAGGCCGAUUGCGACGAGCAGUUGUCCAAGCUGCUGAAUCAGUCGGUCUUUGUGGGGCCGGUGAACCACGAACUGGUGCUUCUCCAGUGCGGAGCGUCUUUGUGCUUGGCCAACAUGGCCAUUCUGGCCCGAGAGUACGCGUAUCAGCGACUCCUCAGGCUCAUCGGGGGCAUGGGCUCCAUCCAGCUGUCCGAGGGUCUGCCGCUGAAAGAUCUGCUGCGCAUGGGCCUAGAGGACCCCGAGGCAGCGGCGGCUCUAAGUGACAAGCCCUGCGCGCAGCUGCUGGAGCGCUUCGAGGCGCUGCUGCUGGAGAAGGCGGAGCUCUUGAAGGAGUACUUCAUGCUGGAGAUCCAGGAAGCGGAGGACGGGCCGCGAGUGAAGUCGGUGCCCAAUGGCCUGGGCCUGAGCUCCGACAGCGGCUGCUGCUUCGAUGGCCUGCCGCUGUUCCUGGUGCGGCUCUGCAGCGAGGUGAACUGGCAGGAGGAGAAGGCUUGCCUGGACGGCAUCUGCCGUGUGUCCGCGGACUUCAGCGCAGACCUGCUGCUGCCCAGCGAGGAGCAGGCGGAAGCGGCGCAGCUGAGGAAGGCCAACACCGAGGCGCUGAACGCGGCGGUGCAGCGCGGGGAGUUCGAGGACGUGGUGGCUGCGGCCAAGCGGCCCAGGACCUGCCCGCUGCAAGGGCUCCGGUGGCUGCACGAGGUGACGCGCAAGGAGGGCUCUAGCUGGCCCCGGGACUUCGCCAAGAACGGGACUCUGCUGGACCUGGUGUCGCUGGAUCAGCUGUACAAGAUCUUCGAGCGCUGCUGUCUGACAGGAGCUCCUUCCAAUGAGGAGAGCCAGCUGGAUUUCCUGGUCCCCAUGUUCCCGCACUACGCCUCCGGCACUACGGGCAGCUGUCUGGCCGGCGCGUACCGCACCGCCGCGGAGCUGUACUGCACUCCCUUCCUUUCCGUUUUGCCGCCCUUCUACGGCCACCGGCUCUAUGUGUCUGCCAUGGAGAAGCGGAUCCUGGCGUCCAUCGGGGAGAAGGGCAAGAAUGUGGAUCACACGCUCUUCAGCUUCCAUGGGGUGCCUGAGGAGCAGUGCUCCAGAACGGACAUCACGGGGAGCUACUGCAACAAAGGCGCGGGUUGCUGCGCCGUUCUGAAGAAGGAGAACAGGAAUUGCUACCGGGCGCAGUGCUUCGAGACCGCCCGACUGUUGGCCUCCUCCCUGGGGCUGGAAGAGGGUAGCUGGUCCAUCGGCUUCCAGAGCCGGCUCACCCUGCGCGGCACCAUCGAGUGGAUCAAACCCUACACAGACGAGGCGUUCGUGGACCUCGCGAAGCGGGGAGUGAGGAAGCUGGCCAUCGUGGCGCCGUCCUUCACCGCCGACUGUGUGGAGACGCUGGAGGAGUUGGGCAUCACCGGCCGGGAGGAGUUUGAGGAGGCAGGCGGGGAGGAGCUGGUGGUGAUUCCAUGCCUGAACAGCAGCACCGACUGGGUGAAGAGCCUAGCGCACAUCGUUACUGAACACAUUGCCGAGACUGUGCCGGCCUUGUGA